GCUACAGCGCGAUGUCUUCAGCUCCGAUCGGCAGAUAUCGGCGAUGGUGCAUCUUCCUGGUAGGGCUGCUGGAGAGCCUCCUCUUCGGCGGCACCAUCUUCGGUUGGGCUCAGCUGGCCUACGUCCUUAAGGAACAGGGCAUCUUCAGUCACCUCUGCAACACCACGGUCACCAGUCGCGCCUCUUCCGAAAUUACCUUCAAGGGAUGUGCGGCCCAGGAUGAAACCUUCGCCCUCAUCUACACCGUGGCGUGUACCCUGUACAGUACACCGGGGAUUCUGCUGGGCUACAUGUUGCAUCACCUAGGGUUAGCUGUUACCAGGAUCAGCGGAGGUUUGAUGCUGGUAACCGGGUUCCUGUGUCUCGGCCAAGUGUCCAAAGAGGCCCCGGCCUGGCUGUACCCUGCCAUGAUCCUGCUGUCCCUCGGCGGCAACCAACUGCGCAUGUCGGGGCUGCAGUUCGGAAACCUCUUCCCCCGCUACCGCUCCACCGCCAUCUCCGUCAUCAGCGGCGUGUUCUCGGCGUCCGCGGGGCUGUUCUUCUUCCUGCAGCUGGCCGUGGACGCGGGUAUAUCCCUACGCCAUGCUAACUGGGUGUUAGCUGGAAUGGCGUCUCUCACGUUGCCUGUUACCAUUAUAAUGCCUUGUCACCAUAUCCCGUAUAAUGAUGAUGCAGGAGCGAAGGUCAACAGAGAGUGCGUGGAGCUCCCCCUCAGAAAGAGCUUCCUCUCCCUCUCCAGCUUCACGUAUCAGUUGUGGUUCUUCAUCAACCUGUUCUCCAUCGUCCUGUUCAACACGUUCUUCAAUUCCUGGAUCAGCAGCAUCUCCUCGACUGGCGAUGAAGCUUGGGUUUUUUCAUCUUUAUUCAGCGUCUCGGCUUUCGUUAGUCCAUUCAUUUCGCCGAUGCCUGGCUUCGCGAUGGACUUGCUUAAGAAGAGUAAACUGGAAGGCCUGUCCUCCACCGAGCGCAGAGUACAAGAGAUGAGGAGUCCAGCCCUGCCCUCCCUCGUCCUGACAGGCACCGUGGCUGUCAUGUACUCCUGCCUCUUCUUCAAGACUCCGGCAGCGGUGUAUCUGGCUCUCGUCUGCCUCAUGCUCGCCAGGCCCUCAGUCAUCGCUAUUGGGAACUCCUUCGUCAGAGCGAGAUUCCCCGGGGACCAUUUCCAUCGGCUGAUUGGUAUUUAUGGCACAAUAGUGUCCGUGCUCACCAUCCUGCAGUAUCCGCACUUCCUCUGGGCUCAGCAUGACUACUACGGGGCCCAGGGCUUUAUGAUGGCGAUGGUGGUCGUUUCCUGCGUUCAACCGUUCCACCUCCUGAGUAACACCUACCUCCGCAAGGUCGUCCACAUGGAACAGACUACCUUGAGCAGCGACGAGAUAACCGUGCCUCUCUCCUCGGACGUCGAUAGCAAGAAGUCUGAAGUAGUUCAACGUCUUUCGGACCCUCCUCAGCCAGCUUAAGGAGAGAUUUUGGGGGUCAUGAGGCUCAAUUUCCUUCGGUUUUAAGGA